GUGGAAUGGGUACCUUUCCAACGGGCCGAUGCCACGACUCUGUGGCAAAAUGUGAGCGAUGGAGGUCUCCUUCUGGAGGGACGAUGUGUCGGCCCAUGAGGUCAACGCAUCCUCAAUUGUGUGUCCAGAUGACGAACGAAUGCUGCUGUGCUGCUGGCAUCCGAGAAAACAAUCUCUCAUUCCCAGUCACUUGCAUAUACGCAUGUGUAUCGGCGAGUUCAUCCCGCCCGCAAUGGACCAAGGACUUUCAAUUCCAUCAGUGGUCCCGCUCGGCCGUUCACGGGAUUCUUUCCUCGACCAGCACGGAAUUGCAGUCGCAACGUCCUCCCAGCAACGGGAUCUGUCGAAUGACAUGCUGGUUUGGACCGGCUCCGAGACAAGCCGCGGACGUGGGUCAUCUUGCGAUGCUGGGUUAUUCUUCGGCCAAGAAUCACACGAUCGCCUUCUGAGUCGAGAUUUCAGAGGGUGUAUAUCAGAAGGCUUUGGUGAAAACGCGGAACUUCCUUUGAUCAACGCAUAUUUCUCUACUGCGGUAUUCUUGCCUCCAGCGUGAUGGCAUCCCCACUAUCAUCAAAACGCUUCUUGCUACCGUGCGUCAAAUCAAUGACGGCUGGUCAAGUUUUGUAUCUUCGAUUCCCAGUCGGCCGGGCUCUUCCCGACUCUCCGAGACCCAACCAAGACUCGUGUGACGAAGCACAAACGUAUAAAAGCAUGUUGGACUUGCUAACACCGUUUGCCGUAACUCUCCCCUCGCUGUCGCUCUCCGCAUCCUUGUUACUGUAUUGUCAUAAUGGCUUCAACUGUCGAUAUAAUCGCUUCUCCCUCCCUCCAUAAGGCCGGUCUGUCAGAUUCGCUUUGGCGUCGAGUUGCCAGAGUCGCCAUGCGGCCGCUCGACUCCCUGGCAGAAUCACUGGUGGUUGGUUUCCUUGGAGGGCUCACUCGUGGACAACUCCGAAUUAUAACGCCUGCAACCGUCUACAACUUCCCCACCGAAGAAGCCGAAGGGAAAAUUCAUCUCGGCGUCUACGAUGUCGUUGGCGAUACCACCGACAUUCACGCUACGAUUACAGUACGGAAUGAGAACUUCUGGCUUCGCGUGCUCACUACGUCCGACCUCGGCUUCGCAGAAGCCUACAUGAUGGGAGAGAUAGACGUGGAUGAUUUAACGUCGCUUUUUAUGCUGUUUAUCUACAAUCGAGACUCCCUUGCAUCUGUAUCAUCAUUUAAGUCAUAUCUUUCCUACAUUCCCACCUUCGGUUCUCGCAAACUGCUCGACCUCACGGCAUCGCUGGCGACACUCGACAAUGCCAAGGCCAAUGUCUCAGCGCAUUAUGACAUGUCCAACCGUAUGUUUGAAGCGUUCCUCAGCAGUGACAUGACAUACUCCUGUGGUCUCUUUGAGUCGAUAGACGAGGACUUGAUGGAGUGCCGAAAGGGGGAAGAAUUGCUCGGUCUUGACCCCCUGGAACGAGCGCAGCUCCGCAAGCUAAGACACAUAUACAAUAAGGCCGAUAUUCGAGAUGGACACAGGGUCCUUGAGAUCGGGACUGGAUGGGGGUCGUUCUCUAUUUUUGCUGCAACCCUCUCAAAAUGCACCAUCGAUACUGUUACCCUCUCAGAACAGCAAGCCGCGCUUGCUCGAGCACGCAUCGCCCGAGCUGGCCUGGAAGAACGGAUUCACGUGCAUGUUAUGGACUACCGGAAUAUUCCUUCCGAAUGGGAAAGUCAGUUCGACCGCUUCGUAUCAAUUGAAAUGAUGGAGCACGUUGGCGCCGAAUAUAUGGACACGUAUUGGGGCAUGGUCAACAGGAUGUUGAAGAAGAAUGGAGCCGGCGUGGUCCAAGUCUCAACCCUUCCUGAUGCUCGGAUGAAAGCGUAUUCGAAGGAUGUUGACUUCAUCCGAAAAUGGAUCUUCCCGGGCGGGUUCCUGCCAUCGGCCAGUCUGCUCCUAAGUACUCUCAACUCCGGUAGCGAAGGCCGUCUUGUUGUCGAAUCCGUCGGUAAUAUUGGUCCGCACUACUCGAGAACGCUUCGUGAAUGGCAGCGCCGUUUCUUAACGACCUUCGAGAGUGUUGUUGUUCCGGAAUUACGCCAACAGUACAAUGUGGCACGGGCUGAGUGCGAGAGCUUUAAGAGGAAGUGGAACUACUACUUCUCCUACUGCGAGGCAGGAUUUUCCACCCGCACUCUUGGCUGCCAUAUCAUCUCCUUCACACGGGAAGGAAACAUCGAGCUGGGCUGCGAUGUCCGCUGUGACGAGGACAUAUAGGACCUCGAUGUUGUUUGUUUGUUUUGGUUCGAUCCCUCUCGCCCUGGGUUCUUUGACUGCACCGCCCGUGCGUUUCUACUCUCCCCUCGCCGCACACGCGGCACCUACGCCUAUAACAAAAGCAGUCGCUAAACGAUUGAAUAAUGUCUUUAUUCGGGUAUCAUUAUUUCUUGGAUGACCUCAUCGCCUGUAGUUAGUAAUAAUUUGAAG